AUGGAAACAGAAAACAACUUGCAAAAAGAAAACGACAUAAGUGAGAUUAAUAAUAGGAACGAUAACAACAAUAAUGAUAAUAAUAAUGCUGAAAUGAACAGUAAAUCAUUUGUUUUAAAUGAAAUGAAAACCAAUGAAAAAGUUAAUAGUUUUAAUGACAUAAAUAAAAAAAAGAACAAAGAAAAAUUAGUUAAAAAUAUUAAUACUAGAUACAACUUCCAAUCAUAUAUAUACUCAAAAAAGAGUUAUAACCAACAUUUUAUGCCUAUGAAUAAUAUUUAUUGUAGAAAAAAAAAAACAAAAUAUUUUCAAAGUGUAAAGAAUGAAAAUGUAAAUAAAAACAAAAGUGUAUCAAAUGAGAAAGAAGAAAAGAAAAAUGUUAACACAUCAUUAAAAAUAAAUGAAAAUAAAGAAGUAUCUACGAAACAAACCAAUAAUGAUGAUGCAAAUAUAAUUGAAAAUAAUAGCUUUAUUGAGGUUAAAAUGAAAAAGAAAAAGAAUAAAAAAAAAAAAAAGAAAAAGAAAAAUGAAGUUAAUGAUAAUUCAGGAAAAAUAGAUAAAGAUACAAAAAUAGAUAAUUGUGAUGAAAAUAAUAUAAAAAAUAAUAAUAGUAUUAAUGAUAAAAAUGUGAAUGAUGAAAGUGUGAAUGAUAAAAAUAUUAAUAAUAAUAGCAAAGAUAAUAUUAACGGUAAUGCUACUACUGCUACAACAAUCACUACAACAACUACUACUAUUAAUGAUAACAGUAAAAAUAAAAAUUUUAACGAUUUAAUACAUAAAGAAAAAAAAGGAAAAGAAAGAGAAAAUGAAUCAAACAAACAAUUUAACAAUUUUAAAGAAAAAAAAAAUAGAAAAAAGGAAUUAAGUACUUUUAAAAAUAAAAAUGAAUAUCAUAAUAAGAUAAUAAAUACUAAUUAUAUAGCAAAUAAUAUGCUAAGUAGUAGUUUGAGCAAAGAACUUCAAAAUUUUAAUAAUAUGGUUGAUAAAAAUAACAUGAAUUAUUUAUAUAUUAACAAUUUAAAUAGUAAAGUUAAUGCAAAUUCAAAUAAUCGUUUGUAUGCUGAUUAUUAUAUGAAUUUUGUAAAUAAUCAAUUAAGAAAAAACUUCAUACAAACUCAAAAGGGUGCAAAUGCAAAAUAUAAUUACGAUAUUAAUAGCUAUGCGUAUUUAAAUUCUAUAUAUAACCCACUAAAUUUUUAUAAUUUAAACAAAUAUUACGAACUGCCAUAUAUAGAUAAUAUUAAUAAUAGUGUAAGUAAUAUUUACUAUUCAAAUGAUAUGCAAAAAAACACUUUAUUAGAAAAUAUGUUAAAAUUACAAGGAAUGUAUAAUUUGAACAACAUAUACAGUAAUAAUAAUAAUGAUAAUAUAUAUAAUAAUUAUUGUAAUUUAGAUAAAUAUAAAUCACGUGGAUGUGAAAAUAAAAUAAAAAAUAAAGUUUAUGAAUUUAAUAAAAAACAAGAGGUACCUAAUAAUAGUAUUAAUAAGACAUGUAAAGUAAGUACAAAUUUCGAAUAUGAAAAAAAGAAUAAAAUAGUUAAUAAUACAAGUAAAAAAAAAACUGUACAUAAGGUAAAUAAAAAAUUUGAACAAUUAGAUAAUAAUAUUGAAUCUAAAUUGAAUAAAUCCACUUCAAAAAAAUAUGCCAUUAAUUUAAAUAAAAAAAAAAAAAAUUAUAAAAAUGAUAUGGAUAGAAUAAGUAUGAAUUAUUUUAUGACUCAAGAAAAUAGUAAACAAAUAAAAAAUUACAAAAAUUAUAGAAGUAUUUCUAAAAAUGAGAAUAAUUUAGGUUAUAAUUAUGCAAGCGAAAAAAAUGAUUUCAUUAAAAAAAAAAGUAAAGAGUUUGAUCAAACAAGUAAAGUUAAUAAAUGUAUUAAUUUAGUACCUUAUGAAAUAUAUCAAGGCAAAAAAAAAAAUUUAGCAAAUCACCUACAAAAUAAAAAAGAUAAAUAUGGUAAAACUAAAAACAACAAUAUAUUAGAUAAAUGUAAUGAACAGAUUGUUACAGAUAUAACAAAUGAGAAAGAUAAAAUAAAAGAUUUCGAAAUUAAUCAUGAAAUACAUAAGUUUAUAGAUUAUUGUGUAAAAAAUUAUGGUAAUAAAAAUUUAAUGAAUAUUCUGGGUGAAUUUUCUUCUAAUAAUAUAAAUGAAAAUUUUGAUGAACUCAAAAAUAUUUUUAAAAUAAAAAUAGAUGAAGAAAAUUUAAAUACGUUAACAACAUUAGAAAAAGAUGAAAAUAAUAAUUUUCCAUUUAUAAAUGAUAAAAAUAUGAAUGAAACAAUAGAAAAAAAUAUUGGAGAAAUAUUUGAAGAUGCUAAUAAAGAUAUAAUUGAAGAAUAUGAUAAAUUCAAAAAAUUAUUGAAUGAAAACAUAGAUGAAAGUGGAAAUAAAAAAAAACAAGAUAGUGAACAAGAAAAAAAUAAAGAAAAUAUAAAUGAAGAAAAUGAAAAAAACGAGGAAAUAAAUAAUAUUGAAAAUAAAAAAGAUGAAAAUAAUUUGUUUGAGGAAAAUAAUAAAAUUAACAUAACAAUACCUCCAGGUUUAAGUCUACCAGAUAUAAACAGAGCUUUACUACAUGGUGCAUAUUUAGAUAAUAUAACUGUUGUGAAAAAAUGCCUUGAAAAAAAAGCUGAUAUUAAUUAUUUAGACAAAAUUGGUAGAAGUGCCUUACAUUAUGCAUGUGCAGGUGGAUAUUUUGAUAUAUGUGAAUUGCUAAUCAAAAAUGGUGCAAAGGUUAAUGUAUCUGAUUAUAAACAUUGGACACCUUUACAUAUUGCAAUAACAAAAAUGCAUAAAGAUAUAACAGAGUUAUUAUUAAAGAAUAAUGCCAAUAUAUAUGCAUUAUUGCCACAUUCUUUAUCCCCAAAUAGAGGAAAAAUUACAGCAAGUAUGUGCCUACAUUUUGCAGCUAUUAAAGGAAACAAAGAUAUAACAAAAUUAUUACUUCAAUAUGGAGCACAAAUUAAUGACAUUGAUUUAUCUAAUAGAACUGCUCUUCAUUAUGCUGCAUAUAGAAAUAAUUCGGAUUAUCUUAAAUUCCUAAUUUAUGAAGAAAAAGCAAAUGUUAAUAUAUUUGAUGUGCAUAAUAGAUUACCUAUACACUCAGCUUGUUUAGGUGGAGUAUUAGAAAAUGUAAAAAUUUUAGUAGAAAAUAAAAGUUUCGUUCAGAAAAAAGAUAUUUAUAAUAUGAGUCCAUUAGAUAUUGCACAUAUUAAAAAAUUUAAACACAUUAAGCAAUUUUUAACUAAAUAUAUGAAUGAACAUUUUUGUCCUCUUGAUUCAGAAAACUUAAAUCAUGAAAACCUUGAAAAAACUAAGGGAGAAGUUAAUGAUAAAUAUGAGAAUGAAAAUAUUGAUGGAGAUAAAAAAGGAAAUAUUGAUCAUUACAUAAAUGGUAAUGUUGAAAAUCACAAAAAUGAAACCUCUGAAAAAUGUGAAAAUGAAAUUGUUAGUGAACAUAAAAUCGAAAAUAAUGAAAAAAAUAGAAGUGAAGAUAAUGAUAAACACGAUGAAAAAAAUAAUAAUUCCAGAUGCUAUAAUAAGGAAGUAAAUUAUGUACAAUAUGAAAAUAAUGAAUUAGGAGAAAAUGAUGAUAAUAAAAUGGAUCCAAAAGAAUUCUAUAAUGACAACAAGAUGAUUAAAGAUAUUUUGACAACGACUAUUAGUACUGUUUUGAAUGAACGAAAUAAAAAUCAAAUUAAAAGAGUAGUUGAUGCAUUAGGAGUAUAUAUUUCAUUAAGUUUAUUGGAAAAAACUAUAUUGAUUCAGAAUUAUGGUGGUAUAGAUUUGGUAAAUAAAAAAGGUAAAAGAAGUACAGGAGGAGUUUUUUUCUAUUUAAUAAAAUAUAUGUAUAAAAAUGACAUUAUAUCAAAAUUCAAAUAUGAUUAUAUUGUUGAAGAAGAAAAAGAAAAAAAAAAAACUUACAGAAAAUUAAAAAAGAAAUUAUUGCAAGACGAAGAAAAUUUAAAGAAUACUAUAAAGGGUGGUAAGAUAGCUUUAAAAAAUAAAAACAUUUGUGAAAAUAAUAAUUUUAAAAUAAAAGAAAAUGACAAUUGUAAUAGCAAAUCAAAUUAUGAAAAAAAAGAGUAUAAUACUAAUGAAAAAUUAUGUGUCCUAAAAGAGGAAGAAAAUAAUAGGAGCAUCAAUUUUAAGAAAAUUAAAAAAUACAAUUUUAAAAAUGACUUCAAUAAUCCUCUCAGCAAGGAUAAUACCUACAAGAAUAAAUCAGAAGUAUCAAAAAACAAUAAUAAUAACAAUAAUAAUAAUAAUAAUAAUAAAGUAUUAAAAUAUGGGAAUCCUUUGAAUAAUGUCAACCAUAAUUAUACCUUAAAUAAUUAUAAAAUGAAUUAUACUGAUUAUGAAAAUCUUUAUUGUAAUAAAAUAAAUAAUUUCAAUGAUCCUUGUCCGAAAAAUUUAAAUAAUAAUUUAAAAAUUUAUAAUAAUAAAAAUAAUCCUAUUCAGAAUGAUCAAUCUGUAAAUAUGAUAAAAGAAAAGAGCAAGAAAAAAAAAAAAAAAAAGAAAAAAAAUACACACAUUUAUAUUGAUAACAAAAUAAAUAAUACAAAUUGUACUGGAAAAAAUAGUACUGAAUCUCCAUUUUUAAACUUACUGGAAAAUUCUUACAACAAUUUUAAUUUAUAUAAUAUACAAAAUCAAAAAAAACAUUUAUAUCAUUUGAAUAAUAUAUCAAAUCAAAAUGAAAAAUUUAAAUUUGAUAAUAAUAAUGUUAAUAAUUUCAAUAAAGAAGUUAUUAACUACCAGAAUAAUUUAAUUCCGUAUAUGAAUAAUUUACAAAGUAAUAUAUAUGAUUAUAUAGGAAAUGCAAAAAAUAAUUAUACUAACUAUUUAAAUAACCAAAAUAUGUAUUUAAUAAAUAAUUUAUGCAAAUUUUAUGGAAAUAAUUCUCAAAAAAUUCAUUUAAAUAAUGUAGAUUAUAUGUAUUACAAUAAUUAUACUAAGAUUUAA